AUGAACAACCUCGACCCGCCGGUGACGCCAGAGGAGGCGAGGCGGGUGCGGCGCAAGAUCGACCUGCGCCUCCCGCCGUUCCUCCUCGUGCUCUACAUGUUCACCUGGCUGGACCGCGGGGCCUUGGGGAACGCCGCGCUGAUGGGCAUCCGGGAGGACCUCGGCUUCUCCAGCCGGCAGUUCUCGCUCGCCGUGAGCAUGUUCUUCGUGGGCACCUGCAUCGCCGACCUGUUCACCAACAUCGCCAUGCGGUACAUCCGUCCCUCGCUGUAUCUGGCCACGGCCAUGAUCAUCUGGGGAGCUUUUGCAGCGCUUCAAGCGGUGGCCGGGAGUCCUCAGGGAAUGUACGCCAUCAGGUUCUUCCUGGGCGUCUUCGAAGCGGCCUUUAUAACAGGAGCACCCUAUCUGACGACUGUGCUCUACCCACGAGCGGAAUGGGGACGCCGGAUCAGCAUCUACCUCGUAGCGACGCCCCUCGCCGGCGCCUUCGGCGGCUGGGUCUCGUACGGGGUCGCCAAAAUACCCAACCCGCGCGUCAAGCACUGGCAGGCCCUCUUCCUCAUUGAGGGCCUCCUCACCAUCGCUUUCGGCGUCCUCUGCAUCUGGGUCCUCCCUGACCGCCCGCACAAUACCCGAUGGCUCACCCCGCGGGAGCGCGACGUCGCCACCUGGCGCAUGAUGCGGGAUGGGAACCGCACCCACGGUAGGGUCAACUGGCGGCACACCCGGCGCCAGCUCCUCGAUUGGCGGAUGUGGUUCAACAUCUCCAUCUUCAUGAGCCAGGUGCUCCAGACGUACACCAUCGCCACCUUCACACCCCUCAUCGUCUCCACGUUCGGCUACGACCACGUCCGCGCCCAGCUCAUGACGGCGCCGCCUUACUGCGUCGCCAUCGUCAUGGUCUUCGUCGUCGGCUACGCCAGCGACCGGCUCGGGUCUUGUUCGGGCCUGCUGGUGGCCACCUCCGCCGUCGCCGCUGUCGGGGACCUCCUGCUCGCCAUCCUGCCGCACACGGCGGCGGCUGCCCGGUACGGCGCCACCUUCCUGAUCACCUCGGGCAUCCUGUCCGGCGUCACGCUCACCAUCGGCAACAUCACGGGUAACUGCUGCGGCGAUAUCAAGAAGGGCAUCGCCUCCGGGUUGUACCAGUCGUUCGGAAGCACCAUGGGCAUAGCCACAGGUUACCUUUUCCCGUUGACCGACGCGCCAGCCUACAAGAAGGGGUUCUGGACGCUAUUAGGCGCCACCUGCUGGACCGCCGUCGGCGCCGCUUUCGUGACCGUUGCCAACAUCAGGGAGAACCGGCGUCGGGACCGGGAGUUCGGGAAACCUCCACAAGGUGUCGUGAUUGAUUAUGACGAAGACGGGCAGAUGGAACAGCACCCGUACUGGAGAUACUACCACUGA